GAUCUAAACAAAUCAAUUUGAUCCAAACAAAUCAAUAUAUAAAACUGAUUUGUUUCUAGAAAGUCAUGAAAGGAGCACCGGCGUUUGCCCUUUGUUAUUAACAUAAAUAAGGUCGCUCACAACCAUUCAAACCAAACUCAUCCAUUCUAACUUGUUUGUUUUCCGAUUUCCUUUACAGACGUACACAUUUUCAGGCAAGAUGAACAACAGCAACCAAGAAUCUCAACCACAACCACCUAUGUACCCCUCCAUUCCUCCUCCUCUCACAGCACACGAAGCAAACCCUUUUCUUCAAUCUCAUCCUACUCCCGCCCCAGAAGAUAUCAAUCCAUUUUCUCAAACCACUUCCCCACCAGAAGCCCCAAAACCUCAAACCCCCUCCAUUACUGCCGACCACUUAGAAAAAUGGCAACCUGCUCCUCAUGAUCAUCAAGAUAUUCCAUCAUCUUCAUCUGAGCAAGUACCAGUAGCAGCAGCACCACCACCCACCUUUGACAGCGAAGAUCUCAAAGCCAAGGCCGCGGCGGAGGCAGAGCCUGAGAAAUGGGGCACUCACGUCAUGGGACACCCGGCUGUCCCAACUUGCCACCCGGACAACAAAAAGGCAGCUCUAUGGGGAGUUGCCGCCGAUGGUACAGAAAAAGCUCAGAGCUUCCACUAUCCGUACCUCCAGUACCAACCCGUUGAUCACAACAAGAAGGCCAGCAGCUCCAGCAAUCCCACUCAAUCUAUGCUCAAUGUCUUCAACUCCUGGAGCCACAAAGCCGAGUCCAUGGCCAACAACAUCUGGCACAACCUUAAAACAGGGACAUCUGUGUCCGGAGCAGCGUGGGCGAAGAUGAACCUGCAGGCGAAAGCAUUAACAGGAGGUGGAUUUGAGGCUAUCUACAAGCAGACAUUUGCGACUUAUCCCAACGAGAAGCUCCACAAAUCAUUCGCCUGUUAUCUCUCCACAUCCACCGGACCAGUCGCCGGAACUCUUUACCUGUCCAAUAUUCACACAGCUUUUUGCAGCGACCGGCCAUUGUCAUUCACUGCACCUUCCGGUCAGGUGACUUGGAGCUAUUACAAGGUUAUGGUGCCGCUGGCAAAUGUUGCGACUAUCAAUCCAGUGGUGAUGAGGGAGAACCCGACUGAGAAGUACCUCCAGAUUGUGACCAUUGACGGCCAUGAUUUCUGGUUCAUGGGGUUUGUUAAUUAUGAAAAAGCAUCCAAACAUCUUUCUCAGAGUAUCUCCACUUUCGUAGCGUCUGGAUUUGCAGUCCAACCUCCCCCAUAUGAAAAGCAUGCUGGCGCUGAACAUGAUCAUGAUCAUGAUCUCAAGAAGGGGGGUGACAAGUAGUGCUAGUCUAGUUCAUUGUCAUUUGCCUGUGUUUUAUCUACUGCUGAAUUUGAGUUCUCUGCGUUCGAGCUCGUUUACAUACAAUAAGAGCAUAUAUGGAUUCAUUGAUUGUAUUAUUACUAUUGCUUGUUUCAAUUUCUUUCCAUCAAGAAAUACAUGUUGCAACUUCUCUA